AUUCAAUACCAUAUAUAUAUAUAUAGACAAUAAUUAUAAUUUAUCUUAAAGACACUAGAAUCAUAUGACAAUCACGUGUAACUGAACACUUGCUUAUCAAACCGCAAAACUAGUCAAGUGUCAACAGAUAGAAAUCAAAGGCAAACACUACGAUAUGCUUGUGGUUUUUUAUUUUUUCCGUUUUAUACAAGCUCAAGUUAACUAUAAAAAGGUGCGUGUUAUUAUAAGACACAAUCUAUUAUCAGUUUUCUUCAUUUAGAAAAAACCAUGGCACAGUUUUAAAUUAUUAAAUUUACUUUAAAAUCGCGUGUCAUUCACCAAAUGAUCUACUUUACCUACAAGUGCGCAACCUUUCCAACGUAAAGUAUGAUUGCGUUCAGAAAACAAAGCGCUCACUGAGCGCUUAGUAACUAUUGGUCCUUACUGUUAGAUUCUUACAUUCAGACCAAUAACGUUGACGAAUUACUUAACCGUUGUGUAACCGUUGUGUUUUCUGAACGUAGCCAAUGUCACGUUAGUGGCAAAUGUUAUUCGUCAAGCUUCGUUUAUUACGCAAAAGAGGAUAUAAGUAACAAGUUACGUAACGUGUUUAAAUAAAGUUAUUGUUACACAUUGUGAUGUCGAUUGAUGUACGUUUCUGCAACAUUUAAAUAAUAACAAAUAUUUGUCGAAUUUUCGAUAGGAAAAAGAGUGAAGACCAAGAUUUCAUUGAUUAUCGUCGCACGAAAGCGAAGUGUGUAUAGAUUUUAUAGAUGGCGGAUCAAAAGGAAAAGAUCAAGGUUUGUGUGAUUGGUGGCGGUGCCGCUGGCUUGUGCGCAGUCAGACACUUAGUGGGAAAUUCGAAAUUUGAAGCGACGACCUAUGAGCAAACUGGCGAAAUAGGAGGUACAUGGGUUUAUAUGAAGCAAGUUGGGCUAGAUGAAAAUGGUUUACCGAUUCACUCCAGCAUGUAUCAGAAUCUCAGAACAAAUUUGCCCGCAAAGAUUAUGAAUUUUCCGGAUUAUAUGACAAUGGAAGCACAAGAACCUAGUUGCAUAAGCCAUCAAGAAGUCUUAAAUUAUCUCAAAAAUUACACCCAGCAUUUCGAUAUACAUCGACACAUUCAUUUUAAUACAAGAGUGGAAGAAGUUCGUUUCGAACCAUCUGCCGAUUGCAGCCGUGAUAGAUGGCUCGUGAGAGUAAAAAAUUUAAAAACAAAUAACACGGAAAUUCAAUAUUUCGAUGCAAUUAUGGUUUGCAAUGGACAUUACUUUGAUCCUUAUAUACCAACUAUACCUGGCAUCGAAAGUUUCCCGGGUUUAAUAUUACACAGUCACGCCUAUAGAAUACCUGAAGAGUUUUCUGGGAAAACUGUGAUAGUGUUAGGUGCCGGUUCAUCUGGUAUCGAUAUAGGGAUCGAUUUAUCGAAUCAUGCAACUCGCGUGUACUUAAGCCAUAAUCACGACCGAUUCACAAGUCCUCUACCGCCAAACAUGAUACAAAUCGCAGGUGUUGAAAGUAUACAUGAAACUACGAUUCGUCUUAAAGACAAAUCCACUGUUAAUGCAGAUGCUUUUAUUUUUUGCACUGGAUAUAAAUAUAGUUUUCCUUCCUUACAUGAAAAUUGCGACAUACGGGUGGACGAUAACUAUGUAAAGCCACUUUACAAACAUUUGAUUAAUAUUGAGCAUCCUACGAUGUGUAUAGUUGGAAUACCUACAUUAGUUGUACCGUUUCCUAUGUUCCAUAUACAGGUGCAGUAUUUCUUGGCUUUAUUAGAGGGCCGUGUGACUUUACCUGCAAAAUCUGUGACGUUGGAAGAUUCAACUUUAAAAACUUUGAAUAAAAGACACGCGCACAAACUCAUGGACCAACAAUGGGAUUACAACGAUUCAUUGGCGAUCGCUGGUGGUUUCGAAAAAUUACCACCUUUUUACAAACUUGGUUACACAGCAUGGUUAGUUCAGAGACGUAUGAAUCUUUUGCGUUAUAAAGAUUCUAAAUUUCUUGUUUCUGAAGACGGAAACAGCGUUGAGUUGAUUAUACCGGAUUGAUUAAGUUUUAUAAACAUUUUUAUGUUAUUGAGAGUUUUGAAAGUUUUAAG